AUGGAGAAAGUGAUUGAUGAGAAGCGGAAAAUUCAAGAACAGCUUGAAAUUUCACAGUACUUGUGCAAAAAGCAGGUCGAAGACCUCAAAACUGCAUGGCAAGAAGUACACAGUCUUCAAAAGUCAAUGAAUUGCGACCCAUUUGUUCUGGUUCUGAUUGACGCCGAUAUUACCAUGUUUUCGGACAAUUACGUCCAACGAGGUUCUGCUGGAGGUCAUGACGCUGCUCGAGAUUUGAGGAAAGCCAUCUAUGAAUACUUCAAAACCAAAGAUGGCUUUCUUCUUGAUACGAAGAUUGUCAUUCACAUGUUUGCCAACAUGGCCGGUCUCAGUAAGACAUAUCAAGAAUCAAAGAUAUUGUCCGAUCCUAUGUUCCUUCGUCAGUUUCUGCAAGGCUUCAAUAAAGAGCACGCCCUCUGCCAUUUUAUUGAUGCUGGUGAUGACAAGGAGGCUGCUGACAAGGAGAUGGAACUAUUUUAUAAUAAUGCACAUUGCAAACAUAUCAUGUUUGCUGGAUCGGGAGACAACAGCUAUGCAGGGUUCUUGAGACAGUAUACCUUGACCGAUCAAAUCUGCUCCAGAGUGGUCCUGGUCGAAUCUGUCCCCUUUGCUAGCAAGUUGGAAGAUUUGGCUGCCAAAUUUGAGAAAACUCGACUUCAAGGUCUGUUCCGUGAGACCAAGAUCGAAACGAGGCGAGGUUCCUUCCGAGAAGACGCGACUGCUUGUUCGCAGAAGUCGUCCCCGCCGACAAGUUACGCCUCCACAGUGAGACAGACCGGUCAAUCGCAAGCCGAAGUAUCGCCAACUCUUCCCAAGGAUUUGACGACCGGAAACAGUCAAGAAAGGAAAGAAGGGAAGAAGAUUUUCCAGAAUAGCCUGGGUCAGCGCGUCGACCAACCCGUAAAGGCGGACAGGGCGAUCGUCACCAGCUUGAAACCGAAGAAACUCUGCAAUCGCCAUUUUUUGACUCGCUGCAAUUACGCUCAAUGUUUACACAGUCAUGAAGGGAGGCUCACUCCCGCACAAAUCGAGGCACUUCGAUUUAUUGCGCGUUUGAGCCCUUGUCAGACAUUAUAUUGCGAGGAUCCAGAUUGCGUCGCGGGUCAUCGGUGUAUGCAAGGGACACGCUGUGACCGUCGAGGAUCCAGUUGUUGGUUCAGUGAGGAGAUGCAUAAUGUUGAUGUCAAUGUAACCGGCUUUAUAACUGUUUGA